AUGGCAUGGCUCUGUCCCUUCUGCCUUUUGCCUCCUGCAGGCAUGAACUUGGCCUACACAGCAAUACUUCUAUGGCUGUGUGGGAGUUUUCAGGCCUUUGAAAUCGUGGAAAAGGAGAACAUUUUUCAGAGGACCCCUUGCCCAGCUUUCCUAAUGUUUGACAAUGUGGCCUACCUGGCUGAUAUGAGCUUUGAACUCCCCUGCCACUGCAAGCCUGAGGAUGUGUCAGCUGUUGUCUGGUACUACCAAAAGCACCUAGGCAGCAGCCACACCAAAGUGCUGACAGACUUUGAUGGUCGGGUCCUGACGGAAGCUGCCCAAGUGCGCGUGGGCAGUGACAUGCUAGUUCGCUUCAGCAUCCACAUGUUCAGCCUGUUGGUUUUCCGGUCCCAGCCUGAGGACUCAGGCUUGUAUUUCUGUGGCACCCGCAAAGGGGACUACUUCUAUGCCUAUGAUGUGGACAUCCAGAGCAGUGAGAGAAUAGUGGCCACCUUCAGAGACCAGGGCCAGGAGCCCUUUGCAGAUGAGUACCAUGGGACUCUCCAUGUCUUCACCACCUUCUGGGAGUGGACGCCUUGUGACCGCUGUGGGGUGCGUGGGGAACAGUGGCGUAUUGGCUUGUGCUACCUACAAAGCCCAGACCUAUCCCCACGCUACCAGAAGACACUACCUGAUGUGGUGUCCUGUGGUUCUCGGGCCGUGUCCAGAGAGCUCCAGACUAAGACUAGGGACCACACACCUGAGGUGCUGAUUCGGAGCUGCCUGGCCCCCUGCCACAACAGGAAGACAAUCCACAAAGGUGUGAUGGCCAUCUUCAACUAUGUGUCCAAAGUGGGCAGUCGACCCUGGGUGCCCCAGGUGCCUAUUCAGUUUCACCAGCAGAGGCUGGGCCAUGGACUCAUCAUCUCCUGCCCCGGGGCCCGGCCAGAGCAUGCUGUGGCCUGGGAUAAGAACCACCAACACCUCUACCGCACCCAGUACCUGAUAGGUGUCAACAGGUCCAUGAGGGUGUUCAUUGACCAUGGGAACCACCUCCACAUCCGCUUUGCCCAGCUGACAGACCGGGGCAUCUACUACUGCUGGCGGCAGGGAGUUCGGGUGGCUGGUUUCCGGCUAGGCGUGACAUCUCUAGGGCGCUACCAAGCCUCAUUCUCUGACCCGGAGACCCGCGCAGCCCUGAUGCUCACCCUGAUAGGCUACCUGCUCAUCACAGCAGUCUUUGUCAUCAUUCACCUCUGUCGUUGCUGCUGUCACUUGUUUUACUGUUGUCCCAACUUCUCACCCAGGAUAUCUCUUCCCCAGCUAUGAAGGCCAGUUGUGUUCACAUGUAACUAUUAAUAUGAUACCAGAUACCAGGCUGGAACACCUCUUAAGGGGUUGUGGAGAAAUAUGUUAAUUACACCUGCUCUCCAUUUUCACAGACAUGUCUGGAAUGUGAGGGACUAAAGCCAAGUUAGAUGUCAACAGAGUGCAUGUGUCUUCUGGUUUCACAUUCAGGUCAGAGAAGAAAGACGUGAACCUUAUAUUUAUCAAAUGAAUGAUGUGGUACUGA